AUGGCUACCAGCGUUAUCAACCAGGGGACCUCAAUCGCCCGACCUUCUCCUGACCCAGCCGAAGCUCCGGCAGCAUCCUUUUUGAGCUUGAAUUCCACAACCGCCUCAGUCAAUCUUGAAGCCAAAGCACUGUUCUCAGCCAUUCAGACCCUCUUUGAUCAUCUCCACGCCCAUCCAGACAAUGUUGCUAAGCUCAAUGCAACCUACCCUCGCAGGGACGUCGUCAAGACUGCUGCUCUACACAAAACUGAGUCAGAUCAGAAGUUUACCAUCGACCUCUCGCCCAUGCGGAACUCCUGGAUUCCGGAAACUGUUAGUAAGUCCUUGGAUCCUCACGGCCUAGGGGAGGUCUUCAACUUCUUCAACGCUGUCAGUGCUCAGUAUGUACCCACCAUACUGUCUUCUCUGAGCAUCCUCGCCGGUACCGAUCUCGCUGCAGCACAUACUCCACACAAUAUGAAAUAUCGCCUAUGCGACUACAACCCUAACACGGCUGCCCCGAGUCGUCGAAUGGAUGUGGAGCCCACACGGAUUAUGGGACCUUCUCCAUAA